AAAGGUUGCAAGGUCCGCGCGGCGGGCGUAGUCUCACAAAGACAGUGUGUUGAACGCACCGCGAUUUUGCACCGCGGUGUUUCAUUUGUGCGAUAAACAUUACUGUCUUCAAUCUUAUUUAUACUUGCGCUAAUUACCGAAACGCUGUGAUUAAUUUGCAACAGAAAGGUCUUGCAUUAGCUGAUUGAACAAAAACUUUGAAGUCAUGAAUCCCGGAGACUUUAAAGACUUCGCGAAAGCGAUGACUGACUACAUCACAGAGUAUCUGGAAAACAUUAGAGAUAGACAAGUAGUGCCGUCAGUGAAGCCAGGGUACCUACGUCCCCUAGUCCCUGAGCAGGCGCCCCAGCAAGCUGAGCCCUGGACAGCAGUGAUGGCGGAUAUCGAAAGGGUGGUCAUGUCUGGCGUCACCCACUGGCAAUCACCUCGUUUCCACGCCUAUUUCCCGACGGCCAACUCUUACCCUUCUAUUGUGGCGGAUAUGUUGAGCGGCGCUAUUGCUUGUAUCGGUUUCACCUGGAUUGCAAGCCCAGCAUGUACGGAACUUGAAGUUGUUAUGUUAGACUGGCUCGGUCAAAUGUUGGGUCUUCCGGACCAGUUCUUAGCACGUUCUGGCGGAGAAGGUGGCGGUGUCAUCCAAGGCACUGCAAGUGAAGCCACGUUUGUAGCUCUCCUUGGUGCCAAAUCUCGUAUGAUGCACAGAGUCAAAGAACAACACCCCGAGUGGACUGAGACAGACAUUCUCGGCAAGCUUGUAGGCUACUGCAAUCAACAGGCCCAUUCGUCAGUAGAGCGGGCUGGACUUCUUGGUGGGGUAAAACUUAGAUCAUUGAAACCGGAUUCUAAGAGACGCCUUCGCGGGGACACUCUGCGUGAAGCAAUCGACGAGGACAUUCGCAAUGGACUUAUUCCCUUCUAUGUAGUCGCCACAUUAGGUACCACUUCUUCGUGUGCCUUUGACGCAUUAGAUGAAAUUGGAGAUGUUUGUAAUGCAAGCGAUAUAUGGUUGCAUGUGGACGCGGCCUAUGCUGGCUCUGCGUUUAUUUGUCCCGAAUACCGUCACUUUAUGAAAGGGGUUGAAAAGGCUGAUUCUUUCAAUUUCAACCCACAUAAAUGGAUGCUUGUCAAUUUCGAUUGCUCAGCUAUGUGGUUGAAACAACCGCGAUGGAUUGUUGACGCGUUCAAUGUGGACCCUCUGUACUUGAAGCACGAACAGCAGGGAUCGGCACCAGACUACCGUCACUGGCAAAUUCCUUUAGGACGACGAUUCAGGUCACUUAAACUGUGGUUCGUUUUGAGGCUGUAUGGCGUAGAAAAUCUUCAAAAAUACAUUAGAAAACAAAUUGGAUUUGCUCACCUGUUCGAAAGGCUUUUAACUUCGGAUGAAAGAUUUGAGCUAUUUGAAGAGGUGACUAUGGGGCUUGUAUGUUUUAGGCUCAAAGGAUCUAAUGAAAUCAAUGAAGAAUUAUUGAGACGCAUAAAUGGCCGCGGAAAAAUCCAUUUAGUGCCCUCUAAAGUCGAUGACGUAUACUUCCUUAGAUUAGCAAUCUGUUCACGGUUCACUGAAGAAAGUGACAUGCAUGUAUCUUGGGAAGAAAUAAAAGCAUCGGCUGAUGAUGUUCUUAAAAAGUAAGGGAGCGGUGUUGAUCAAAAUGAUCUGUUCAACAACGCGUAGGACCAAAAAUAUACUAACCUAUAUUAAACAAAAUAUAUUCCGUGAUGUAGGCCUUUAGAUCUUAUAUUGUUACCAGAUGUUGUUUAUAGAUAAUUGUAUUUAAUAGCUUGAUUAAUCACAAUAAUUUAAAGUUUCAACUAUAUUUAUUUAUUAUUAGAUUAUAAAUGUAUGUUAUGUAAUGUGGUAAUGAAUAGAGACGCUUCGAUUCGUAGCUAUGUAGUUGAAUGCUUGAUUAGAAGUGCCGUAUCUAUAGUCACAACGCUGGACUAUGUGCUAUAAUGUAGUAUCGUGAACAAUAUUAUAAUUAUAAAUAGAGAAUGUUUUAUUCCUAGUCUUGUAUACUCUGUGACAUGGAAUUAGGCAUCCAAUAUUUAAUUAUUUAUUACCUAUUAAUUAUUACCUAUUGGCCUUGUAAUAAAUUACACAUAUAUUAUCGGAGAUUCUUAAUAAUAUUAUGUAGGUAUUACUUAAUGUGGUAAUAUUAAAUGUAAGUUAAAAAAUGAAUUUAAUUUUCUUGCGAGUUAUCAGCAUUCAUUGUAGGAACCUCGGAAAAUUCUUAAUGUGGGUCAUGGAGAAUCCAGUUCCGAUAAUAUUAUCUGAUCUUAAUAUGGCCGCUUAGAUAAACGCGGAGGGAAUUGUACCUAUAUAGUUAUACUUAAUUUUAAAUACCCUACUAUGAGAGAACGUAUGUACUUGUACGUUACCCUCUUUGCUGUGUAGACAAAUUUUUUUUUAUGGAAAAUCAUUCCAGUAAAAAUAUUAUACUACUACUACGUACUGUGCGUAUUUCAAUUUAAAAUAUAGCUUAUCGACGCGUGUAAAGAAAAUGUAAGUAAGUAAUUAUACUUGCUCACAGUUUUAUAAGUACCUACUUAAGACCUUAUAACCUACUUAGGUCGGUAUACAUUGAUACAAUAAAUGUUGACAAUAUCAUUAUCUACAAACGUAGGUACUUUCUUUUAAGAAGUACCUAAAUACUAGAGUGACAAUAAAUACCUAUCGAGUAACGAGCAUUAAACUAUAUUUGUAAAUAUAUACCUACCUAUUUUUAUGUUUGUUACGUACAUUUAUCGUGUUAAGGCUUAAUUUGUAAGUGUGUAUUUUUUGUAUUUUUUUUAAACUAUUAUUGUUGAAUAUUAUUUUGUUAGGUACAUAGAUUUAUGCCCUUUUUUACUAUUUUUUCCAUAUCUACACAUCUAGGAAUUUCUAGACAUAUUUCAAAUACCUAUACCGAAAAACGAAGUGGAAGCAAUAGUACACAAAGAUUGAUUGUUGAAAUCGGGCAUUAGUCCUCCUUCAGCACUAGCAUCUAACUAAAUGAUGUGUGUACCUACUACUAUCGAUGAAUGUAAUGCGUUAUUGUAAUAGGUAUAUUAUGAGUCUAAAACAAAUAAAUGCUUUUAAAAAGUAGA